AUGACCCGCCCCACUGUCCAGAAGCAACCCACCACCAACCCUGCGUCCCACCGAGAGUAUGGACGUGGGCCAGGCCAUUGCGAGCGUGCUGUCGAAGACGGGCAGGACAACCUUCCUACAGAUUGGACCUGUCUGCUCUGCAAAAGCUCUUCCAGGACCAUGUGCUGCCGGUGCCCCUCUGGAGCUGGACGUACUCUACAAGCUGUCCCACAGACAGGGAGCAGGAGGAGGGGAAAAAGACGCCGACGCCGUACUAGGGGAACAGGAGGAGGAGGAGGAGGAGGAGGAGGAGGAGGAGAGAGGAGGAAGAGGGGCUCCUUCAGACAGACCCAGAGAACCAAAAGUGGCAGAUUGAGACGAUGUCGGCCCGGCGCCUCGCCAAUUCUCUGCCCCGCACCGGACGCAGACUUCACCCCCGUGGCCUCAGACAACACCAAAGCUCUCCUGAGGGAGGUCGGCAAUCACAGAGACUUUGGCCAAUUCCUUCAUGCCGACUUUCACUGGACCGCACCCUGCACCAGCCUCGCCAAUCCCCACUGCGUCCGGUAUACGUUUGAUGUCGACGGCGUCAUGAUCCAGUUGCGUCACACGAGGGGCAUGGUUGCAGAGAUCUAUUUGAACCUGUCCCGUGUGGUUGCCACGCUGCAGCCCAGAAGGCGUGGCGGCACUUAGAAAUUGCCUGGGCCACAAAAUAUCAAACGUUGAAGGCGGCUACGUCCUGACGCUCUACGCCGUCCCCAGCAGCCUGACAGAGCCGGACUUCAGCCUGAAAAAUCCAAGCUUGUAUGGCACACUUGCGGCCGAACUGCUAAAUGAGGUAACUGAGAGUUUUUCCGACCCUUCAACCACCUGC